AUGAAAAACAUUACCGCGUGUGUGCAGUAUAAAAAAGAGUAUAUCUAUGCAACGUAUGUCUACAGCGAAAAGCGCAGACACGGGUGCAUAACCUACAAAAACACAGAAAUAGAGACAACAGGCACAUUUGACCUUUCACUAGAUGGAGACAGACUGAUAGCCAGUAACUCUAACAGUAUGAUGGUUAUUGAUCUUGGAAAAAAAGAGAGCUUAGAGGGCACGAGUGCCAGUGUGUCUGCUGAGUUAUAUAGCACUGUGUACGAGAAUGGAAUAAACAACUAUAAGCACUGUCUGCACAGAGACAAGCUGUAUUCAGUCGGUCUUGGGGUGUACUCAGAAAUAGACUUGCACACAGGAAGCAUCAGUAAACAUACGUACUACUGCAAUAACAGUAAAUGCAUACACGAUAUACUCUCUAUCGUAGUAGAUGAUAAGUACAUUUACAUAGGAUGUGAUAUAGGAUGCUUGUCUUAUAUAGACAGAAAAACCCACGAAACAGUUCAUACUGUAUCAUACAGCGGAGGAGUUACAUGGCUGAACACUAUUAGCAAUAAAAAAGACAGGAUAGACCAAUCUACAGAUAUAGAUGGUGUAGAAGGGGCUUCUUUGGAAGUAGGAACAUACAGUGGAGAGUAUUCUCUUAUAUCAGGCAAUUUUCAGAAAAUAGAUAAGAACACAGGAGGUAUCAUAUGGCGGGUAUACAAAACAACUGUCAAUGGGAAUGUAUACAACAUAUUAGCGCAGUCUUAUGAUGGUAUAGGCAUAUACACGGAAGACAUGGUGGAGAUACGCACAGUGCCAACGGAUGACUUGGUGUAUACUGUGAAAAUAGACGAAGAAAGCAAAGUGAUCACAGGAUACAACUACUAUAAAGGGACACUAAUUAAAAUCAAUCUUUAUGAGGCCAUAGACAGCGCCAAAAACAUCCAGAAGUAG